AUGAUCAAUUCUCUCUGUGGAAGCAUGGGGUCUCUGAACAGCGAGAGCUCAUGCACGAAACUGCAGCAGCCAACUUCCCCGAAUAAGUCGAUUUUGGAGUCAAGAAAGGCUCCUCUCUCGUCUGAUUUGGAAUCAAACAGCUUGGCCCCGUCCAGCCUCAACUUGCAUGGACUCAAGUUUGAUGUGGAUGGAGAUGCUGAAGUCCAGUCACCUGACAGUUCAAUGUGGGAGGCCUUUUUCACUGAUCACUUCGACUCUGAUUUCAUGAUCUCGUCCCCGGUCAGGAGUUCACCAAUGAAUUACAAUUACAACCAUGUUCAAUCAAUGCAAGGGCAGAGCCUUCUGGGGUGCUCUCCUCCUCGCAAUUCAUCUCAACUAGGAUCUUUCAGCAGCACCCACAAAGGGAAAGGACAGAGUCCACUCCAUAAGGUUUUCAACUCUCCCACAUAUCAGUAUAUUCAGCCUGAUACCCUUUCACUGCCACCUCUCGAUAGUCUUUUGGAUGAUUACCAGAGAGAUGGAGUUGGAGCAUCUUCAUACCCCAUGAUGAAGAUACCGGCUGUGGGAAUUUCCGGUGCUUCAAGUUUGGCACAGUACCUGGAUAUGCCAAUAACAAUUCAUCCGACAGCGUUGGAUUUGCCACUUCAGAACACUUGGAGGUUUUCUGGACCAGUGAGUGAAUCCUCGGCCACUGGAGGUUCUCAACUAACCCAGGAGAAAGAUAUGUAUCAGAUGGGCUCUAUGUCAAGCACUGCAUCAUUGUCACAGCAACUGCAAGAAGAACACCAGCAAGAGCAGCAACUUCAGCAGAAGCAGCAGCAAUUGCAGGAGAUCCAGAACCCUAACCAUGGCUUGAUGGUGCCUCAUCCUCUUGGGUCUGAGCAGGAACAUGAUAGUGGCCUCCAACUGGUGCACUUUCUUCUUGCUUGCGCAGAAGCAGUCGCCAAAGAGGACUACAUGUUGGCAAGGAGGUACCUGCACCACCUCAAUCGGGUGGUUACUCCCCUUGGAGACUCCAUGCAAAGAGUAGCCUCGUGCUUCACCGAAGCCUUGAGCGCAAGGCUUGCAGCAACUCUAACCCCGAAACCCAGUACCUCCACCACAAAGCCCUUCAAUCCCUUCCCACCAAACUCGUUAGAAAUCCUCAAGAUUUACCAGAUUCUCUAUCAAGCCUGCCCCUACAUCAAGUUCGCCCACUUCACUGCUAACCAAGCCAUUUUUGAAGCCUUUGAAGCUGAAGAACGUGUUCAUGUCAUCGACCUCGAUAUCCUCCAAGGAUACCAGUGGCCAGCCUUCAUACAGGCCCUAGCCGCCCGACCCGGUGGCGCUCCAUUUCUCCGUAUAACAGGCGUCGGAUGCUCUCCAGAAAGCGUGAGGGAGACGGGUCGUUGUUUAACUGAAUUAGCCCAUUCUCUCCAUGUCCCAUUUGAGUUCCACCCGGUUGGAGAGGAACUCGAGGACCUUAAGCCCCACAUGUUCAACCGGCGGGUCGGCGAGGCUCUUGCUGUGAACUCCGCUAACCGCCUCCACCGCGUCCCAACAAAUUUCCUGGGGAACCUGCUGGCCAUGAUCCGAGACCAAGCGCCCAAUAUCGUAACCAUAGUGGAACAAGAAGCAAGCCAUAACGGGCCUUACUUCCUGGGCAGAUUCCUGGAAGCAUUACACUAUUACUCUGCAAUUUUCGACUCCUUGGAUGCAACAUUCCCACCAGACUCCGCACAGAGGGCGAAGCUGGAGCAGUACAUAUUCGCACCAGUGAUAAGGAACAUAGUGGCGUGUGAGGGGGCAGAGAGGGUGAUGAGGCACGAGAGGUUGGAGAAGUGGAGGAAACUAAUGGAAGGGAAGGGUUUUCAGGGGGUACCACUGAGUGCAAAUGCGGUGACACAAUCCAAAAUACUGUUGGGACUUUACUCAUGCGAUGGAUACAGGUUGACGGAGGACAAGGGCUGCUUGCUCUUGGGGUGGCAAGAUAGAGCCAUUCUUGCUGCUUCGGCUUGGCGAUGCUGA